AUGGCUGCAAAUGUAAGUCAACCGGUUACUGUUAUGAGUGUGAAACAGGAUAUUACAAGCUGGAUAAGGAAUGCAAGAGCUGUUCCAAAGGCUCCAUGUCAAAAAGGUUAUUUUGUGUCUAAUUCUGGAUGUAUACCUUGUCCAGACAAAUGCGCAUCGUGUUCUUCCCCAAAUGAAUGCAUUGAAUGUAAAUAUGGUUUUUACGGUAAUUUGUGCGAUCACAAAUGUUCCUCGGGAUGCAAGGACGAUGUUUGUGACAUGAUCACUGGUAACUGUUCAUGCAAGGAAACACAUGUUGGGCAUUAUUGCAAAAUGUGCGUUCCAAGAAAGUUUGGACAUGACUGCGAAUUUGAUUGCCCUAAAGAAUGCUUGACCUGUGAUAUAAAUGGCAAUUGCACUGUCUGCAAUACUGGAUAUUUUGGAGUGAAGUGUAAAUGUUCAAAUAGGUGUCUUGACAACAAAUGUGAUAGAUUGACAGGUCUAUGUUACCGUUGUAAGCCGUUCUUCAAAUGGCCAUGUGCGCAUUGUGUGGACGGAAAAUACGGUGUAAACUGUGAAAGAGAUUGCCCUAGCAAUUGUCUUUCAUGUUUAUCAGACACAAAUUGCACGAAAUGCAGAGACGGGUUUUACGGACAGUUCUGCAACCUUACAUGCCCACAAAAUUGUUUAGAUUCAUGUAAUAGUUCAGGUUAUUGCAAUAAUUGUAAACACGGAUAUCAUGGGAAGCUCUGUAACAAAAAAUGUUCAAAACGUUGUUUGCAAGAUAAUUGCUUUAUGAAUGGAAAUUGUGCACAAUGCACUGCUGGAGUUUAUGGUAAACGAUGUGAACACACAUGUCCCUUGCAGUGUCAGAAAUGCACAAGUAAAGCAUUUUGUGUUUCUUGCACGAAUGGUUACUUUAGUCAUAAUUGUAGCAAACAAUGCAGUUACUGUAAGAAUAAUACUUCUUGUAAUAUCAAAACGGGUCAAUGUGAACACUGUUCAGAUGGAAUGUAUGGAAGCAAGUGCGAGUUUCAUAAAUGUCCUUCGAAUUGUUUCAAUGUGUCAUGUAACGCAGAUAGUGGCAUGUGUUACAACGGCUGCAAAAAAGAUUAUUGGGGAAAGUAUUGCAAUAAGCGUUGUCCACAUAAUUGCCUCAAUAACACGUGUUCUGAAGAGAAUGGGACAUGCAGUCAUGGCUGUGUUAAUGAAUACCACGGAAACACGUGUGAGUGUCCAAGGGAUUGUAUUUGUAACAGUUCAGGCAAUUGUAGCCGGUGUGUCAAUGAUAAUUUCUAUGCGCCACUUUGUGACCAGGUUUGUAGUUAUUUAUGUUUAAAUCGAACGUGCGACUUUUUCACGGGAAACUGUAAUAAAGGAUGCAAGCUGGGAUACUUUGGAAACAAAUGCAACAGAACAGUAAACCCAAACGGAAUUUCAAGCAGCUUAUUACAACCUAUUCAUAUUGUUUUGCUGAUUGUUUCUCUUGUCAUUUUGAUCCUUGUCGCGGUCAUUAUGGGAAUAUUUCUAAUAACAAGUUAUAUAACAAAACAGAAAGAACUCGUGACGGGGAGUUUUAGCGGUUCCUUAACUUACAGACAAGUUCGACGAUCACAAGAAAUACUACCUUCUGAACGUAAUAGUAGAAUCUUUUAAUUAUGUAUUUUUUAACAUUUAAUAGUCUGCACAACUUUUUCAUUUAACUAG